UUCCAAACUGCAUACUCCCUACUGCACAGUAUGCUGAAAUACUACCGCACUCUACAGGGUUCUUACUGUGUAGUAGAGUAGUGCGCGGAGAGAGCUUGGCAUUUCGCCCACGACUCCGUGUCUCUUGUGCUCUCUACAUUAACCCCGUUUCAUAGGACUGGUCUGUGUUAUUUCCAGUGUUCGUGACUGUUUCAGUCUGAAUUGAAAGAUUGUUCUCUGUAGGUACGCGUGGGUUUUUCAUGCAAGCUUUUCCUAGGAGAGCAAGGACCAUUGUUUGGAUCAUUGUUUGAAUAUCGAGACCUCUACCAAAAAAACCCCUUCCAAAAACAUGGAUAAUGGAGAGAAGGAAAGCAGGUCUGAUGGAGAAUGCGAAUCUGCUGAAGAGGAAGAAGUGGAUCCCCGGGUUCAGGGGGAACUGGAGAAGCUGAACCAGUCCACAGAUGACAUCAACCGAUGUGAGACAGAACUGGAGGAUGCAAGGCAAAGGUUUCGCUCUGUACUAAUUGAGGCCACUUUAAAAUUGGACGAGCUGCUAAAGAAGAUCGGAAAGGCCGUAGAAGACUCGAAACCAUACUGGGAGGCACGGCGUGUGGCACGGCAGGCUCAGCUUGAGGCCCAGAGAACAACUCAAGACUUCCAGAGAGCCACUGAAGUGCUUAGUGCUGCCAAAGAGACCAUCGCACUGGCCGAACAGAGGCUGCUGGAGGAAGACAAGCGCCACUUUGACUCAGCCUGGCAGGAGAUGCUAAACCAUGCCACUCAGAAGGUGAUGGAUGCGGAACAGACCAAGAGCCACAGCGAGCUGCUGCAUAAAGAGACAGCAACCAGAUACAAUGCAGCCAUGAGCCAUAUGAAGCAGCUGGAGAAGAAACUCAAACGCACCAUCAGCAAGUCCAAGCCUUAUUUUGAACUGAAGGCAAAGUACUACUUACAGCUAGAGCAACUGAAAACGAAUGUGGACGACCUGCAGACCAAGUUGACCCACUCAAAAGGAGAAUAUAAGACGGCCCUGAAAAACCUAGAGAUGAUCUCAGACGAGAUCCAUGAGCGCCGGCGCUCCUUAGCCAUUGGCUUACGGGAGAGAGGAGUGGGGUCAGAAGGUGAUGGGGUUACUGGAGAUGACAUCACUAACUUCAAAAUGGAGUCCGAUGGCAUUUCCAUGACAUCAGAGACGUUUGAGGACGAGAACAGCGCCAUGUCUGAGGAGGAUUCAGAAACACGGUCCACGUGUAGCAUGAACUCUGGAGGCAACUGUCCUUUACAGCUGCAAUGCUCAUUUGCCUCUUCCUCAUCACCAUCAUUCACAUCAUCCUCCUCCUCCUCCUCUCCCUCUCCCUCAUCUCGACCAUGUAGUCUGGAACUGCCCAGCACCAUCUCUCUAUCAGACUUUGGCCUGAUUUCACCAAUCCUUGGACCUCGAAGUGAAUGCAGUGGAGCAUCCUCACCUGAGUGUGACAUGGAAAGAGGUGACCGAGCUGAAGGAGCGGAGGACGAGUUGAACAACGCUCUCAAUAACAACGGCAUUGGCAUUCGCAGCAUUAAGAACCGCUUUAAUUUCCUGUCUCUGAAACGUGGGCAGAUGGACAACACCAAAUCCACAGAGCAUAAACCAUUGAGUAUCGCCUAGUAGCUUUGCCAGCACUACACCAGAGCUUAAUGGGUGCAGAUUUAGUUGCAAUUACCCAGUCACACUCACGCAUGUGAAAGAUGGAAGCAGCUGUCCAUCCUAUUAGUCAGCACCAAUCUUCUUGCCUGGGAUAUUCUGGACCUUCUUUACAAAAGAUUUAUUCUUUGAAAGAGUUAUAGAAAUGUGUGCAUUAAAGAAAAUGGGGAAGAAAUUUUAAAAGCACAUUGAAGAUCAUUUGAUUACAAAAAAAAAAAAGGGGGCUAAGAAGUCCCAUUCCUCACAUUGUAGCAGAUCAUGGAUGUCUCUCUUCUGAGUUGUUCAUAUAAAUAAUGCUAUCAAAACUCUGGUUUUGGUCACAGAGCACUGCAGAGACUUCACUAAGAUGAUGUAAAGAAGAAGUUAAAGAAGCACUUCCAGUUUCAAACUGGUAUUUAAUUGGCAGCUUCUGUAGUGCAAUAAUGGUGCGUGUUGGAUCGCUUUUCUUCACAUGACCUUCAUUUAACUGUUUCUCCAUUUCCACUUUAACAUCUGCAUUUCAGCAGCAACAUGAACAUUAUAGAUGGAAUGUGCAUGCUGCCAUAUCUGUGUCUUUGUUAAAGAUGGACAAUCACCAUUUUCAGUGAAAAAGCAAUUGAUGAUAAUGCAGCGUAUUAUUUGCAGCUAUUGUUUGUAGAUCUUUGUAAGUCAGGGAUAGCCAAGUUUUUCACUGUUGUUUAAAUGUAAUCAUUAGGAUUUGGCUAGAUGCCAAGAAGUCUAUGUGAAUAAUUGAGUUCCUGCAAUAUUCUAGCUGCUGCUACUGCUAGAUAUAGAGGCACAAAGCACAGCUUCGGUCUAGUCAGUAGAUAAUGUGGGCUUUGUUUCCCACCCACCCUUGUUUGUUUUAACUGUUUUGUGUAUUUUUAUGUAUAGUAGAACUAGAUUUCUCAUCAUUAAGCUGUGAUUUUAUAUCUUUGUUAUUUUGGUCCUGUCUUGGUUUCGAAAUAGCUUGUGUAGUUGUUUUCUGGCUUAAAAUAAAGUAAUAUUCUGAUCGUUGUA